AUGUCACGUUUUCUUAAACUGAAAGCGGUCAAGGUCGCCGCGGGUAUCGCCGCCGCCGGCGGCGCCACCGUGCUCUACCUUGACUACGGGCGCGCCCCGAACCCGCUGACCCGCGUCGUCGGGCGCAAGCCGUUGGUGAAGCUGGCGCCGCCGCCGCCGCUGCGCGCCGAGUUGGUCUCGCGGCUUAAUCAGCAGUUCGACGUGUUAGUUAUUGGCGGGGGCGCUACCGGCACCGGUACCGCCCUCGACGCCCAGACCCGGGGCCUCAACACGGUAUUGCUUGAAAAAACCGAUUUCGCUUCCGGUACGUCGCUGAAACUGACGAAAAUGGCUCACGGCGGGGUCCGCUAUCUCGAAAAAGCGAUUUUCCAGUUGCUGAAGGACCAGCUUGAUUUGGUAAUCGAGGCCUUGAACGAAAGAGGCAAUAUGUUGCGCACGGCGCCCCACUUGGUCUCGGUGCUCCCGAUCAUGAUCCCCGUGUACAAGUGGUGGCAAGUGCCCUAUUUCUUCAUUGGGUGCAAGAUGUACGACUGGUUUGCUGGCACUCAGAACAUUCGUAAUCUGACGGUAUUCUCGAAGGAGAUGACGUCAGCGAUCGCGCCGAUGAUGGACUGCGCCAACUUGAAGGCGGCGUGUGUCUACCACGACGGGUCGUUUAAUGAUCUGAGAAUGAACGCGACGUUGGCGAUUACCGCGAUCGAUAAGGGGGCCACUGUUUUGAAUUACUUUGAUGUGAAACAAUUGUUGAAACAAGAUGGAAAAAUCAUCGGCGUUAGGGCCGUCGAUAGAGAAACCGGCGAGGAACACGUGGUCAGAGCCAAGUCGGUGGUCAACGCCACCGGCCCCUUGGCCGACCGGAUCUUGGAAAUGGACGCCGACCCUCAAGGUUUGCCCCCCAAAACUCCCCAGGCUCCCAAGAUGGUGGUGCCGAGUUCCGGUGUGCACGUGGUGUUGCCGGAAUACUACUGCCCUCGGGACAUUGGUCUCUUGGACCCGCUGACUUCCGACGGCAGAGUGAUGUUCUUUUUGCCGUGGCAAGGUAAGGUGUUGGCCGGUACUACCGAUACUCCCUUGAAGUCGGUCCCGGAAAACCCCGUACCCUCGGAAGUCGAAAUCCAGGACAUCUUAAAGGAAUUGCAAAAGUACGUCGUGUUCCCCGUCGACAGAGACGACGUGUUGCUGGCGUGGUCGGGGAUCCGUCCCCUUGUGAGAGACCCGCUGAAGGCGCCCAAGCACGGCGACAGCGGCACCCAGGCGUUGGUGAGAUCGCACUUGAUCACGGUGCUGCCCUCGAAUUUGAUCACGAUUUCCGGGGGUAAGUGGACCACCUACCGCGAAAUGGCCCAAGAGACCGUCGACACCGUCAUCAAGACCGCCUUCCCCACCCGCACCGACUUGAAGCCGUGCCAGACCAACAAAAUCGUGCUUUUGGGCGGCGAGGAUUACCACAAAAACUACUCUGCCCGCUUGAUCCACGAGUACCACAUCCCCCUUAAGUUGGCCAAGCACUUGUCCCACAACUACGGGCUGCGCUCGUCGCUUAUUUUGGAGAAAUACUCGGAAUCCGACUACAACAAGUUGCCCGUCACUUUAGCUGCCACCUCGAUGUUCCGUCCCUCUCACCGCGAAGCUCACGAGGAGAACACUUUGAGUUACGCCUCGUUCGACGAGCCUUUCACCGUGGCGGAAUUGUUGUACCUGAUGGAAUAUGAAUAUACUAGAACCCCCGUCGACUUCCUCGCCAGAAGAACGAGAUUGGCGUUCUUAAACGCGAGAGAAGCGUUGGCGGCUGUCCCCGGUGUUGUCGAAUUGAUGAAGAACGAAUACGGCUGGGACCACGCCACCGCGGCGAGAUUGAAGCAGGAAGCCGAGGACUACAUCGGCAAGAUGGGUAUCUCGCCGGAAAAGUUCGACGUCGAGCACUUUGUGGUGCAAUAA